AUGAGGCUCUGUGUCUGCCUCGUGUUGCUCUCCUUUGCUCUGUGUGCAAGUGCUGGCAUACGUGAAGGCGGACGAUUUGUCUGGGAUGCACUGGGAGGGGCACGGGAUAUGUACAGAGCAUACCAGGACAUGCGCGAGGCAAAUUAUAAAGGUGCUGACAAAUAUUUCCAUGCUCGUGGGAAUUAUGAUGCUGCCCGAAGAGGACCUGGUGGUGCUUGGGCAGCCAGAGUGAUCAGUAACGCCCGGGAGAAAUGGCAAAGCGACGUGAGCGGCAGAGGUGCAGAAGACACCCGAGCUGACCAAGAGGCGAACGUGUGGGGCAGAAAUGGCGGGGAUCCCAACCGCUUCAGGCCUUCAGGCCUUCCCAGCAAAUACUGA